CAUACAUACAUCACACAUCUCUUCCAAGAAUGGCAUUCUCGUUCCUGCCAGAACUAGUCAUCUCCAUAGUUGUGGUACAUGUACUUAUUGUAGGUUUAUACUACAUAAAGUCUAGUAAGAACCCAUUGUUGCCCGUGAGCUGGCCAGUAGUAGGCAUCCUCCCUUCCAUGGUCGUCAACCUACACAGAUUGCAUCACUACAUCUCCUUUGACCUCCUCACACCAUCUGGUCACAGCCUAAAGGUUGCCAUAGCCAGCAUACGGAUGUUCAUAACCUGCGACCCAACAAAUAUCCAAUACAUCUUUAGCUCGAACCAUACAAACUAUCCCAAGGGCGAAGAUUAUGCCGAAAUCUUUGACAUGACGAGAGGCUCUCUCUUCAGCGCAGAUGGCGAGUCAUCCCGACGGGAGCGUGCCAACUACCAGAGUGUGUUGAGCAACCCGCUGUUGGUUGGGUUGAUGACUAAGUGUUGUCACGACAAGGUGGAGAAGAGUCUCCUACCCUUCAUGGACCACAUGGUGAGAACCAAUACUCAUGUUGACAUGAAUGAUAUGUUGAUGAGGCUUGUGUUCGACCUGUAUGCCACAACCAUCUUCAGCGUGGACCCCGCUUAUCUGUCCCUCGACAUGCCGUCGGUACACGUCGCGAACGCGAUGGACACGGUCAUGGAGGUGGGCUUUGUCCGUCACAUUGUGCCGGCAUUUUUUUGGAAGGUGAUGAGGCGCCUGAACAUCGGUCCGGAGAGGAAGCUCGCCGCCGCGCAAGCGGUUCUUCGCGGCUUCAUCAUGGACAUGAUCACGGAGAGGAGGAAGAAGGGCCAUAUUAUUGGUCAAGAAGUACACAUUGAUGUUUUGUCUAACUAUGUCAAUGACAAGAACUACAAUGAUGAUUUACUACAGGCAACACUCAUUACAUAUAUGAUCGCUGGGAGGGACACGAUUGGCACUACCUUGCCAUGGGUUGUCUACAACCUCGCCAAGAACCCGCACAUCGUGUCAAGCAUUCGCAACGAACUAGCACCCAUCAUGUCCCGCAAAGCAGCCAUUGCUGGCGCUGUCACGAUGAUGACAUUUGAGCCAGAAGAGGUUAGACCCCUAGUCUACCUGCAAGCCACCUUGUUGGAGACACUCAGGUUGUACCCGCCGAUCCCUAUCGAGCGCAGGUCGGUGGUAUCCACUGAUGUGAUGCCGAGUGGCCAUGUUGUUUGUGCCCAGGACAUCAUCCUCGUCUCUAUCUACUCCGUCGGUAGAAUGGAGUCUGUUUGGGGGUCCGACUGUCUGGAGUAUAGACCUGAGAGGUGGCUCUCUAAUGAUGGACGUCAACUGCGAUACGUACCCUCGAACAAGUUCCCAGCAUUUAACUCAGGGGCAAGGUUGUGCCUUGGCAAGGACAUUGCAAUCAUGCAGAUGAAGAUCAUCAUCGCUGCUAUCGUGUGUAACUUUGAUGUGAAAAUGGUUAAUGGACAAGCCAUCGACACGAAGUUGUCAUGUCUUCUACAAAUGAAGAAUGGGCUUAAGGUGAACUUGAGUAAAGUACAAAUGUAAGGGUAUAUGUAUAUAUGUGUCUCUAUAUAUGAAUAAAGGGAAGUCAUUAUCGCUUAA